AUGAAUAGAGCCACUAAGACCCACAUGACCUCCCCCAUGUUCUUCCCCAACAUGGGUAUGGCCCCCUUCUUUAAGGUGACCGUGUUCGAGCAGGAACACUUCCAGGGCCGCUGCCAGGAGUUCACCUCCGAGUGCUGCAACAUCCAGGACUGUGGACUGGACAACAUCCGCUCCAUCAGGGUGGAGAGCGGAGCCUGGGUGGGCUACGAGCACCACGACUUCCAGGGCCAGCAGUUCAUCCUGGAGAGGGGAGAGUACCCCCACUGGGACGCCUACAGCGGCUCCCUGUCCUACCACGUGGAGCGCCUCAUGUCCCUGCGCCCCAUUUACUGCGCUUCCCACCAGAGCAGCCGUAUGACCAUCUACGAGAUGGAGAACUUCCUGGGCCGCAGCGUGGAGAUGUGUGAUGACUACCCCUCCCUGCAGGCCAUGGGCUGGAUGAAGCCCGAGGUGGGAUCCAUGCACGUCCAGUGCGGAGCCUUCGUGUGCUACCAGUUCCCCGGCUACAGGGGCCAGCAGUACAUCAUGGAGUGCGAGAGGCACAGCGGCGACUUCCAGCACUGGAAGAACUGGGGCUCCCACUGCCAGACCCCCCAGAUCCAGUCCAUCAGGCGCAUCCACCACUAGGGCCGGA